AUGUCUCCCCCCAAGAACGGCAUCACGAUGCCGACGUUGGAGCUGGAGCGCCACGAUGAAAAGAUGAUGCAGGAGCUGGCAGGGACCCUUUUGCAGCAGAACCUCGACCAGUAUAGCGGGCUGGCGGUGACUUCAGACGGUCAUCCGGACUCGCGUUCCUGGGUGCCGAUCCAGAAGCGAGAGGGUGUGCGGGUCUACAAGGAAAGCUCGCGCCAACAGCAACAGCAGCUCAGGUCCCAAGCAGCAACAGGAAACGGCUCAGCCAAGACGGCCAAGGUGCCACCGUCGCUGCUGCUCAUGGGCACGAUCAAGGGCAACCUCGACGACUUGCUGUACGCGUCAGCAGCCUCGACUACCGAGGCGAUGUUGACCAAAUCCAAGUUCAUCGAUGACGGAGCUGUCGACUGCAAGGUGCUAGCGCGUAUUGUGGAGCCUACGAUGGCAGACCCGAUGCACUUCCUCAAUGUGACUUGGAGAUACUUCGCGCUGUCCGAGCCCCGAGACUACGUGUGCUUGGAUGUCGCUGGUUGGGGGCACACUACGCAUGGAGAGCAGGUUGCUUACCACCUCAUCCACUCCGUCGGCUUCGAUACACUGCCAAACUUCGACCACAAAGGCAUUGCUCGCGCCAACAUGUCCGUCUGCUGGAUCUUCCGUCAGAGAACCGCGUCGCUGGUCGAGUGCUACGCGAGAGGAUUCUACGAGUUCGACACGACCAACGCCAUGCUCAACUCCAUCUCACUGCACGCGAUCGCGUCGCAAUGGGUUUCGUGCGCCAAGCUCGUGGCGUACGCUCAAAGUAUGAAGCUCGCUCGGCUGCUGAACUGCGGUAAGGGAGCCAUAUCUUCGGACGGGAGUGAGAGCGACAGUGGAGACGGCGGCUUUGGACACUACAGCAGCAACCCGUACAAUCCAACCAUGUCAAGUUCUACGUCGAGCUCAAGUAACUCGGUUGUGUUACUACCCGCACCGCCUGAGCCGGCUAGGGUUCCGGCGUCCCGGUGUAAGCUGUGCUGUAAGAGCUUUCGGUUUCUCGGAGCAUCUCGACGUAUUUGUCAAGCCUGCGACGAUGAUGUGUGCUCCCGCUGCAGCGUGAAGGAGACUUUGGUGCUGUUUUCUCGCACUCGGCAGUGUGUACGGGAACGCAAGAAAAACUUCUGCAAGCAGUGUGUGGCCGAUGCGAUGAGGAGCGAGGCCGGCGCGGUGGCACGAGACGACUUUGUCGCGGCCGCACAAGCCCAGCACAGUUGGUAG